AAAGGGUUAUGAUACGUAAAAUGCCAGAAAACAUAAAACACAUCGAUAGUGCCAUGUUGCGCUCACCCCUGCAGAGUAGAAAUGUCACAAUAUGCAUAAAAAGGCAUGGGAAAUACUGUUAAUUAUAGAGGUAUUUGCUUGUGAAAGAUUAAAUAUUGCACUCAAAACAGAAGUUGGCUUCUCAUGAUCUAGUAAGGAAAUAUAUGGGGGGAAAAAAGCACUCUGCUCUGCAAAAUGCCUCUGAAAGUAAGCUGUGAUUACACUUCCAAUCUGCAGCAACACAGAGCUGUAGCAAUCAGUGCUGUCAGUAGCCUGCACGAGAGGUACAAAUGCUCCAAUAAUAUUUUGAUGUGCUUACAUUGCCAAUUCCAGUGAAAUCUGAUGAAGUAGCCAUAGCCUUCAUGGUAGGCUCUCUGGCCCUCUAGUGUGCCUCUAUUUACCCAGCUCUCUCUCCUUUGUGCGGAUAUGCAUGUAUGGGUCUACACAAACAUUAGCACACAUGUAUGUGUGCUCACUAGAAUGACUGACUCAGCUUUCCAAGCAGCUGCUUUUGGUAUUUGAUCUGUAUUUGAACUGACACGAGUUGAUCUCACCUGUUCCAUUGACAUCUCUCAGCAAGAGACCCGCAGAGACCUGCCUGCCUGCACACUGCUCAGUGGGAUGAGGCUGCUUUCUGAGCAGGUCUCCAAAGGCAGCACACUUCUGCAGAAAUCCCAGCAGUGCCUAACUUGGGGCACAUCUAAGAUACUAUGCCAGUGGUUCACACAGCAGUCUGAUGCAGAGAUUUGCUGCUGCAACCGUGGAAGUCUCAGAGCAGAAUCCAUCUGGCAUUUUCACUGCACAGCUUAAUGCAGAUUAAUGGCAUCACCUCUGCUGCCCGUGGAGGUCUGGUGGUCUGGUGCCUGUUCUCACGGUUGCCUUCGAGUGUGCAGGGCUGGCGGUUCCUUCGCGUUUGCUGAGUGACACUCUCAGGCUCGCCUGCUCUGGCGAGCGCUUCACUCCUCGGUUGCCGCAGCGAGGCAGCUGAAGCCCAGCCGGAGGGACGCUCCCGUCCCGGCGCUGCAGGAAGCAAAGGGGCUGCCGGCAGCCGGGCUGCCUGCGCGACCUGCGCGCCCCGCUGGGACCCGGGCCUGCCCGCUGCUGCCCUGCGCUUACUUCACCCCGCUUGUCUCUCGAAGCCCCCAGGUGGAAGCUUUUCAUCCAAAGAGGCGGACAAAGAGCGAAACCGGAGGCAUGCUGCCCGGCGGUGCCAGGCGGGGGCCGGCCUCCCGGGGGGCGGGAGUGGCUCGGAAUUGAGGGAUGUUCGCCCGGGCGCGGCACGGUGUGCACAUGGUGGCAGCCGGCCCCCUGCGCGCAUCGCGACCAGAUCCCAACAGGGGGAUGAGUCCAAACAGACCUCAAAUCAUCAUCAUCAUCAUUAUCAUUGUUGUUGUUACAUUAUUAAUGUUAUUAUUGUUAUUAUUACUACAUUACCCCCCAACCAACCAAAACUCAGCAAAGACACGGAUGUUCUGUUAUGCAUCUCUGUCUCUGCACGUUGUAUCUUAUUCCUACAAUUUCUAAGCUCGUGCAUUUAAGUUCUGUCACGAUUUUCUAGGGAAAGGAAAAGUAAAGCGAGGAACUGGAUGUUGAGCAGCCUCAUUCCCUCUGCUCCUCUAUUACCAAUCUUGGCUGCGGCUCGCUCCCGUUAACGUCCAGGCCGGGCUGACCCAGGGGCCCCGGGCGAGGCUGGGGCGGCGCAGGGGCAGGGACCACCCGGCUGGAGGCUGCGCCGGGUGGCGCAACCGGGGCAGAGCCUUCGCUGCGCCUCGGCAAGGAGCGCCGGGCGAGCCACCUGGAGCAAACCUCGGCUGCGGGCUCGAAGCGCUCCGGGCGAGGCCCCCGCGGAGGCGGACUCACAGAGCGCCACCGCGGCUGCAUGGAGCGGGCCGGCGCUUUCCCAAAUGCGGAGCGAUGUAACAGCGAACUUUCCGCGGAGUCGAGGCUGCUCCUUGCGGAACCCGGCGGCAGGCGCGGUCCUCCCGGCCGGAGGUGAUGGGCACCCGCUGACUCGUGGCGUGCGUCCGAGAGUGCCUGCAAGUGUGGCAAACAUGGAGAAAAUAAAGUAAAAAAAAUGUGGAUAGUCCCUGAGAUGGACGGCAGGCAGUGAAAUAAAACAAACACCUUCUGAAGGGAUUUAAUUUACAAACGGGAUUGAAAAGGGUACAACUUCCAUGGGAAAAUGUGACUUGUUAAAGCUGCUGUCGGAAGAUGCCGGCUGUCAACGCAAGCACCUAAACCAAAGACAAAGUACUAGAAUGGCAUAAAAUAUGGCCCAGUUCUACUACAAGAGAAGUGUCAAUGCUCCCUACAGAGAUCGUAUCCCCCUUCGCAUUGUACGGGCGGAAUCCGAACUGUCUCAUUCAGAGAAAGCCUAUCUGAAUGCCGUGGAGAAAGGAGAUUAUGCCAGUGUAAAGAAGGCCUUGGAGGAGGCAGAAAUUUAUUUCAAGAUCAAUAUUAACUGCAUUGAUCCCCUGGGAAGGACUGCACUCCUUAUUGCCAUUGAAAAUGAGAACCUUGAGCUCAUUGAGCUGCUCUUGAGUUUUAACGUGUAUGUGGGAGAUGCUCUGUUGCACGCCAUACGGAAGGAGGUGGUUGGGGCCGUGGAGCUGCUGUUAAAUCACAAGAAGCCCAGUGGAGAAAAGCAGGUGCCACCAGUGCUUCUGGACAAGCAGUUUUCAGAGUUUACGCCGGAUAUCACACCUAUUAUUCUGGCUGCCCACACCAACAAUUACGAAAUCAUAAAGCUCCUGGUGCAGAAGGGGGUGUCUGUGCCCAGGCCGCACGAGGUGCGCUGUAACUGUGUCGAAUGUGUCUCAAGUUCAGACGUGGACAGCCUCCGCCACUCUCGGUCCAGGCUCAACAUCUACAAGGCUCUGGCGAGCCCAUCACUGAUUGCUUUGUCCAGUGAGGAUCCUUUCCUUACCGCUUUUCAACUGAGCUGGGAGCUGCAGGAGCUGAGUAAAGUUGAAAAUGAGUUUAAGUCAGAGUAUGAGGAACUGUCACGGCAAUGCAAGCAAUUUGCAAAAGACCUCCUGGAUCAGACACGGAGUUCCAGGGAAUUGGAAAUUAUUCUUAAUUACAGAGAUGAUAAUAGCUUGAUAGAAGAACAAAGUGGUAAUGAUCUUGCAAGAUUGAAACUGGCAAUUAAGUACCGUCAAAAGGAGUUUGUUGCUCAGCCCAAUUGCCAGCAGCUGCUUGCAUCCCGCUGGUACGACGAAUUCCCCGGAUGGCGGAGGCGACACUGGGCAGUGAAGAUGCUGACAUGUGUUGUGAUAGGACUCCUUUUCCCAGUCUUCUCUGUGUGCUACCUGAUAGCUCCCAAAAGCCCACUGGGGCUGUUCAUCAGAAAGCCAUUUAUCAAGUUUAUCUGCCAUACUGCAUCGUACUUGACUUUUCUGUUCCUGCUGUUGCUUGCCUCUCAGCACAUCGACAGGUCAGACCUCAGCAUGCAGGGACCCCCUCCAACCAUCGUCGAGUGGAUGAUAUUACCGUGGGUCCUGGGUUUUAUCUGGGGUGAAAUUAAACAGAUGUGGGAUGGUGGACUACAGGACUACAUUCACGAUUGGUGGAACCUCAUGGAUUUUGUAAUGAACUCCUUGUACUUGGCAACAAUCUCCUUGAAAAUUGUUGCAUUUUCAAAGUAUAGUGGGUUAGUUCCACGGGAGAGCUGGGACAUGUGGCAUCCAACCCUGGUGGCCGAGGCCCUGUUUGCAAUCGCAAACAUCUUUAGCUCCCUGCGCUUGAUCUCAUUAUUCACUGCAAAUUCUCACCUGGGACCUCUGCAGAUAUCUCUAGGAAGAAUGUUGCUGGACAUUUUGAAGUUUCUCUUCAUAUACUGCCUUGUGCUGCUCGCUUUUGCAAAUGGGUUGAACCAGCUGUACUUCUACUAUGAGACAAAUGAACCUGGCAACUGCAAAGGAAUACGAUGUGAAAAGCAGAAUAAUGCAUUUUCAACGUUAUUUGAAACGCUGCAGUCAUUAUUCUGGUCUAUAUUUGGACUCAUCAAUCUUUAUGUGACCAAUGUGAAAGCAAGGCAUGAAUUCACUGAAUUUGUUGGGGCCACCAUGUUUGGUACCUAUAAUGUAAUAUCUCUGGUUGUUCUACUCAACAUGUUAAUAGCCAUGAUGAAUAAUUCUUACCAACUCAUUGCUGAUCAUGCAGACAUUGAGUGGAAGUUUGCUCGAACAAAGCUCUGGAUGAGUUACUUUGAAGAAGGAGGAACUCUACCCACUCCUUUUAAUGUCAUACCAAGCCCAAAGUCUUUGUGGUAUCUGAUCAGAUGGUUAUGGAGACACCUUUGCAAGAAAAAAAUUAGAAGAAAGCCUGAAAGUUUUGGAACAAUAGGGAGACGUGCAGCUGACAAUUUGAGGAGACAUCAUCAGUACCAGGAAGUUAUGAGAAAUCUGGUUAAAAGGUAUGUUGCAGCAAUGAUAAGAGAUGCCAAAACUGAGGAAGGAUUGACAGAAGAAAAUUUUAAGGAGUUAAAACAAGAUAUUUCCAGCUUUCGCUUUGAAGUUCUGGGUUUGUUAAAAGGAAGCAAGCUGUCUAAUUUGCAGACUGCAAAGAUGAGCAAAGACACUGCCUCUCUGUCAGAAAACGAAGAAAAUAGUGAGAGUGAAGGAAACAAGAAAGGAAAGAAGAAACCCUUCAGCCUUUUUGAUAUAACAACGAUGAUUCACCCACGAUCGGCCAAUAUUGCCUCUGAAGGACAUAAUGUGAGCAAUGGCUCAGCAAUGAUGGUGUCAGAGUCCACUCAGGAGAAACAAAAGCGUGUGAAUUUUGUAACAGACAUAAAAAAUUUUGGGUUGUUUCACAGACAGUCAAAAACAAACCCUGUGGAGCAGAGCACAAAUAAAAUAUACACCGUUUCUGAAGAAGUUUCCCGUCAACAGGCAGAAGAAAAAUGUGAGAAAACUGAUGAACUGGAAGAGGGAGAAUUGAUCAUGAACUGUGAAUUAAACUUCCAAACUCCUGGCAAAAAAUGCAUGUUAGCCGAGUCACAAAAUACCAGUGAGUCUUUGGAUUCACAGGAAGAGGGAGGUAUUUGUGCUUCAGAAACAGAGAAAAUGGAGUUGCAGAACUCAGAACCUGCCGCUCCACAGGAUCCACUGGACAAGGCUUUGGACAUCAACAUUGACUCUUAUGGGAAACAGGAAACAAUUGUUCAGGGUGACUAUGUGAUAACAAGGUUGUGACGCUUACAGGAGGAAGCAUUUACAAAUAUAUAUAUUUUGCAUAGCGCUUUUGGGGGGGAAUGUUUUAAGAAUUAUACUAGCUAAUUCAGAAUUACUCUUUAGAAUACUCAACUGUGGCACAUGAUCUUGUAACAUAGUAGUCAAGAGAAAGAAAAUAUGAGGACCUUCUGUUUUGUAGCCUGCUUUAGCUUUCACGAUUUGUUUUACAUUUUUUAAUAAAUGGAAGCAUCUUGUAUUCUUGUACUGUUGCAAUAACCCACAGAAACUUUUUAGCUAUCUUUUUCAAUUACAACAAAUGGAAUUUCUCUCAUAUGAUAGUUGACUCCUAUGAUAAAUAUUUUUCUAUGCAAAUAAAAAGUAGCUUAAGAGA